AUGUUUGGUCGUUAUGCUGUUGCUUUCUUUUUGGUGAUUUCAUCAUCUAUUGGGGUAUUAAAUGCAAGUGCUGGUGAUGCUGAUCCACGUUAUAGGAGUUGUGUAAGACAAUGUGAGGAAACUGGAUACUGUAAAUUUUCUUCAGAUGAAGUCCUCAUUAAUCAUCCAAGGGACAUGCUAGAAUCACUUUAUGUACAAUGGAAAAAAUGGAAUUGCCAAAGUGACUGCCGGUACAACUGCAUUCUUGAUAGAGAGAAAGAGAGAGAGUUAUUUAAUGAUGGUCCAGUAAAAUAUCAUGGUAAAUGGCCCUUCAAGCGUAUAUAUGGGAUACAGGAGCCUGCUUCUGUGGCUUUCUCUGCCCUCAAUCUUGCAAUGCAUUUUUAUGGUUGGAAGUCCUUUUUCACUCUUCUGAAGAAUAAGUUUCAUAAACAAGUUGGCAAGAAGGCCUCCUACGAGUAUGCUGUUUUGUGGCAUAUCUUUGGGCUCUUAUCAGUGAACUCCUGGUUCUGGAGUGCUGUUUUCCACACUCGAGAUUUUGAGUUAUCUGAGAGGCUAGACUACUCAUCUGCGGUGGCUCUCAUUGGAUACUCCCUCAUUUUAGCCAUGUUACGAAGCUUCAAUGUAAGGGAUGAGGCUACCAGAGUUAUGCUUUCUGCUCCCUUGAUAGCUUUUGUGAUCACGCAUAUAUUAUUCCUCAACGUCUUUAAACUAGACUACGGAUGGAAUAUGAAAGUUUGUGUAGCGAUGGCUGUAGCACAACUUACCAUUUGGCAAGUUUGGGGUUUUAUUAGUCGCCAUCCCUCACGGUGGAAGCUCCGCUUUGUUGUUCUUGCUUGUGGCCUUGCAAUGCUCCUAGAAAUAUAUGAUUUCCCUCCAUAUCAAGGACUUAUAGAUGCACAUGCUCUUUGGCAUGCCACUACUAUUCCUCUAACCUACCUCUGGUGGAGUUUCAUUAAGGAUGAUGCUGAGUUUCUAACCUCUAAACAUGUAAAGAAAUCCAAGAAGUCGAAGUAG